AUGUUUAGCCCUCUUGGAUGUCCUGGCUCAACGUUUUUCCGUAAACCCGGUGAUCCUAACAUUCUAACUGAACCCAGUGUGAAGAAAAUUGCUGCCGCACAUGGAAAGACCCCAGCUCAAGUUGUUCUUCGUUGGGCCGUGCAGCAGAACGUAAUAGUCAUUCCGAAAUCAACUUCAGAAAUGCGAAUCAAAGAGAACGCUGCUCUGUUCGACUUCAAGCUGACCGAAGCCCAGAUGAAGGAGAUCGACGGGCUCGACCGCGGAUGGCGGUUCGUCGACUUCAGUCCUGGCGAAUCUGACCAUCCUCAUUUACCGUUUUUAGAGGAAUACUAA